AUGUGUUAUUGUUCCUGGGUGGAAGAAAGUUUUACUGAUUUUGUCAAAGGCAUAAAUUGGAGAAGUUAUGUUGUGUGCGAUGUAGCAUAUCAUAAUGUUAAUAACUGGCUUUGGUCACCGUUUAUUGAUCGAGGUCCAGCUAAUCGAUUAUACAUUGAAAUUCAAUUUACCAUUAGAGACUGCUCACUUUUUCCAGGAAAUGCACUUUCAUGCAAGGAAACAUUCAGUUUGCUUUAUUAUGAGUUUGAUGCUGCUACGCGUGAACCACCUCCCUGGCAAACAGAUAGCUAUAAAUUAAUAGCACGUAUUGCUGCUGGGGAAGGCCGUUUCAAUCAAAACAGUGACGUUGAUAUCAAUACCGAAGUUAAAAGUAUCGCAGUUACUAAGAAGGGUGUUUACUUUGCCUUUCGUGACCAAGGAGCGUGUAUCAGUGUAUUAGCUGUCAAGGUUUAUUAUAUUACAUGUCCAGCAGUUACAGAGAAUUUGGCACAUUUCAAUGAAACUCCAACUGGUCGCGAAAUAACUCUCAUUGAAAAGCAAAAUGGAACAUGUGUAGAAAAUGCCGACCCAUAUAUCCCGCCCACUUAUUUGUGUAAGGGUGAUGGAAAAUGGACAAUACUCAAUGGCGGCUGUCGUUGCAAAGUUGGAUAUGAACCUGAUUUGGCUAAUAAAAGUUGCAAUGAAUGUCCGAUAGGCACAUUUCGCUCAGUGGAAGUCAGUAAAUGCAUUCCAUGCCCCCAAAAUUCAAACGCUUCGAAAGCAGCAUCCGGCUACUGCAAGUGCUUAUCAGGUUUCUUUAGACAUCCUAGUGAUGGGAAACAUAUGCCAUGUUACAAACCACCGGGUCCUCCAACAAAUCUUACACUCUUAUUUGUCGAUCACAUCAGUGCAAUAUUAUCGUGGAAUACACCAGCACGCGAUCAUACUGUUGAUAAUAAUCAGAAUUCAAAGUAUCGCAGUGACAUUGUUUAUAAAGUAGUUUGCGCUUCAUGCUCUUCCAAUGUUGUUUUCACACCAUCGGCAGAUACGUUUAAUGAUACUAAAUUGACCUUAACCAAUUUGGAGCCAGUUACAACAUACACUAUUCAGAUUCAUUCUAUGAAUGGUGUGUCAUAUAUUAUCGAAAACGCAACGGCUGACGAAAAAACGCAGAAAAAUGCAAAUGAAUCGUUUAGUAAUCUAGACAAAGACGAAACUUCGAAAAGCAGUGAUGAUGUCGUGAUUGGAAACAAGGCAUCGUCGUCGAAUAAUAAUCAGCAUAUUGAUUUAUCUCAGAUAACUACAGAAUGGGCUGAGAUAGUUUUCACAACUACUGAGUCGGCCAUACAAUCAACCGUUAGUAAUGUUCGAGUAGUUUCAACAACAAGCAAUGAAAUCGAUUUGAUUUGGGAUAAACCUGUACAAAGUGAUGUUCCUAUAGAAUUUUAUGAAGUGCGAUGGUUUCCUAAGCCUGAUUUUGAUACAAUCAACAAGACCACAUUGAAUACUAAAGAAACUAAAGCUCAUAUAGAAAACCUUAAUGAAAACACCGAAUAUGGAUUACAAGUACGUUACAAAACUCUCAAUGGUUAUGGAACAUACAGCAAUAUUGUAUAUGCUCACACCCAACAAGGAGUCAGUUCAGUUUACGAAGACAAUAUUCAAAUGCGCAUGGUCGCUGGUGCUACUGUAGCCGUUGUAGUUAUUUUGGUAUUAGUAAUCGUAGCUACGGUACUGUUUUUAAGGUCCAAAAAUCAGGAUGACAUAGAUAAAAAAUCCAGCAAUCAUAUGCCUUUGCCAUUAGAUUAUGCCAGCAAUGAAGGACUGGUCGUAACCUAUAUUCAUGCCAUGGAUACCACACCCAUCGUUAAAACAAUUCAAUCCAAUGUGACAACUCCGUUGUUUGGAAAUAGUCGAAGCUAUGUAGAUCCACAUACGUAUGAAGAUCCAAACCAGGCUAUACGAGAGUUUGCUAGAGAAAUUGAUGCUAACUAUAUUACCAUUGAAGCGAUUAUUGGUGGAGGCGAAUUUGGAGAUGUUUGCCGUGGUCGCUUAAAAAUACCACCAAGUUUUGUACAAGAUAUUGAUGUGGCAAUCAAAACACUUAAACCAGGUUCAUCGGAAAAAGCGAGAUGCGACUUUUUAACGGAAGCAUCUAUUAUGGGACAGUUUGAUCAUCCGAAUGUUAUUUAUUUACAAGGAGUUGUGACACGCUCAAAUCCAGUUAUGAUUAUAACUGAAUAUAUGGAAAAUGGUAGCCUAGAUACAUUUUUACGCGUCAACGAUGGAAAAUUCCAAACAUUACAAUUAAUAGUGAUGUUGCGUGGAAUUGCGAGCGGCAUGGCUUAUUUGAGUGACAUGAAUUAUGUUCAUCGUGAUUUGGCCGCCCGCAACGUGCUCGUUAAUUCUCAACUUAUAUGCAAGAUUGCUGAUUUUGGACUUUCGAGAGAGAUUGAAAACGCAAGUGAUGCGUAUACCACAAGGGGUGGAAAAAUACCAGUACGUUGGACGGCGCCUGAAGCUAUAGCAUUUAGAAAAUUCACAUCUGCGUCUGACGUCUGGUCAUAUGGUGUAGUUUUAUGGGAGGUUAUGUCUUAUGGCGAACGUCCGUAUUGGAAUUGGUCAAAUCAGGACGUUAUUAAAAGCAUUGAAAAGGGAUAUCGUUUGCCAGCCCCAAUGGAUUGUCCGGAAGCAUUGUAUCAACUAAUGUUAGAUUGUUGGCAAAAACAGCGCACUCAUCGUCCAUCAUUUGCAAGCAUAGUUUCAACAUUAGACAAUUUAGCUAGACAACCUCAAGCAUUAUUGACUACACGCAGUUCACCCGAAAAUGACGGCACCCACAUUAUAGAUGGCCAACGGGGUCACAAUAUAUUUAUAAGCACAGACAUGUGGUUGGAAAAUAUAAAGAUGUCUAGAUAUUCUCAGCAUUUUAAAGAAGCUAAUUUGGUGACGGCUCAACAGAUCUCAAGAUUAACUGCUCAACAAUUAUCGGAUAUGGGUAUUACUUUGGUGGGACACCAAAAGAAAAUUUUACAUCAAGCCAGACAGUUAGACACCAUAAUUUAGCAAUUUUAUUAAUAAAAAAAAUUUAAACCACUGUUAACACUAUUUUGGUCAACUUAGAACAUUUUACCACGGUGCAUUUAAAAUAUACAACUUGAAAUAUAUUUUUAUUAUUUAAUAUUAACAGUAGGAUUUAUUUUUAAGGAGCAUUAAGUACUUCAAAUAUGUUACUUAAACAAGUGCUUUUAUAAUUUCGAUACAUUUUGUCAUUCUGUUUAAAACGUAUCGAAAUAUACAUAGAAUAAUAGUUUAUAUUACGCUAUCUUGCCACGUUAGUUGAUCAUAUUUCAAAAAUAAUAUAGCAAGAUAUCUGUGGUUCUGCACAGAUCGGUAUCUUAAAUAUAGAAGAAUUGCAGGACAACAAUUUGGUUUCUUCAAAAUUAAAUUAACACUUACCUCAGAUGAAAUAGAACGUACUCGGAAAGAUAGUUAAACAAUUUUUAUAAUUCGAUUUUUAUUUAUGUAUACUUUAUGGUAUAAGCACAAUUGGGACGAACGACCAAUUUCGUCCAACUGAAACACAAUAAAUCAUUCCGUAUUGCGAAUUGCUUUAAAAUGACUUCUUUUUUCGGAAUUUUCGCCGCACUUCUCGUAAUAUAAAAUCACAACAAAUAAUAUUUUCAAAACAUUUUUAAACAUUUUCAAAUGAAUUUUUGUUUACAUACUGAUUGGUGUGACCAUAUAUCUAAAACAAAAAAUAUUUUAUUUGAAAAUUUUUUAAAUAUUUUUUUAUUUUCAUAUUGAAUGAAAAUUAUAUUAAUAAAAAAUUGCGUUAACUUAGUUUAUAUACCACAAACAUAAAAGAAAGCACAACUUAAAACAAAAAAAUAAAUUAAUUUACAAAAAAACUCUAAAACCAAAAUGUAAGAGGGUCACUCUACUCCAAUUUAUUCGUCGUUCGUCUGCGUAUGAAAUAGAAAUAAACCUAUCGCACAGUUCGUUACAUAUGACGAAUUUCCUCAUACGCAUUGAUUGUACGUAUUUUCAUAUACCUUAGUGUGUUCUAUAUCUGAGGACGAAAAUUCGUCGUUCCAAUUGUGCGUACAGCAUUACUCAGUCGUCUUCUAAUACUCUUCGCUUUAGCCUUUUUUGUGAUAUUCAUUUUUAGCACUCUAUUGUUAUACAUUUGUACACACAAGUCUAAUAUAGUGUAUCUCGUAGGUGGUAAAUAUGCUUAAACCGAACCUGGUAUUUUUAGUUUUGUAUAUAUCAUUUUGUUAUAACUUUUUUUUUUUAAACCAUCAUUCAUUGAUAACAAAUCGAGAAAACUUCUAAAAUGAUAAUGUUUGGAAUGUUUGCCUAAAUAGUGUUAAUAUUGUAUGUAAAUAUUAUACAUAAUUUUUUUAUCAAUAAUUUUAAGUUUUUUUUAAAGUGUGUAAUAAUGAUUAAAGCAAAGGAAAAUAUAUAAGAUUUGUAGUAUUAUAAACCAACAUACAAACUUUAUUGGUUGUAUAAACUACAAUAUCAUAAAAUGAAAUUAAUCAGAAUGCUUUGUACGAAAUUAAUAAUAUAUGUAAUAAU